AACCUAGAGAGAGAGCUUUUAAACCCUUUCUUAUGUUCUACUUCUUCGCCGAUACCUUUUUUUUGUCGUUAUUUCCGAGGCCGACCAAUGCAAGGGACUCACGACGGCUCGUGGUAUCAACGCGCCUCCGCGAACGGUGAAUAUGUUCCUCAAGCGACUCCUGCGUUUUCCAAUUUCAGUAUCCAUCAGCCCAUUAGAUACAAUUUCCAGACACAGCAGCAAAAUCUCAACUUCCCUCAUCCGCAGUUUGGCGGUAAUGUUGAAGUCAUUCGAAUUGAUAAUGCUGUCAACAAGACGCGUAAUUCGCUAAUUGCUGCUGGAGAGAACGUUUCUUCGACUAGGGUUUGGCAAUUGGUUCACUCACAACUUCAAGCUGAUUCUUUAGGGAUGCAUAUGCAAGAUGUUCCUUCGCUUCGCCAACUUAUGUCCCUUGAAGGCAAGAUCAUUGCAUUUAUUCACUGCUUCGUUGGGGCUAGAGGAAUUGUGACCCUGUAUGAAUUGGAAGUGGCAAUAUGUCGAAACGAGGGCGUUGGUUGCUUUGAUGAUCUGGGAUUGGGACCUUUGCUGCAGCAUCCACUUGUCUCGCUCUAUUUUCCAUCCUUCUCUGGUUCUACUGGCCUAGUUCGGAUCACUAGUGAGGAGAUAUUCACAUUUCUUGAUAGCUAUCUGAACACUUAUGAUAUUGACGAUGUUAAGGUCGAUGAAUUCUUGAAUUUUGUUGCUGUGAGAAAAUCAGUUACAAGCAAAGAAAAGCUCGGUGUUCGUAUUCAGAACUUGCGGAUGUAUGUAUCUUUCAUUCAAGACGCAAAGAGACAAGAAGGCGAAACAUUAAAGAUCUUGCUGACUGAACUGCAUCAGAAGUAUCGCAUCCUCUCACCAAAGAAACAAGAGCAAGAUAAGGAUUAUUGUGGCAAGCAUACAAGUUUUGAUUCAUUGAGCUCGGAGGACGAUGAUAAUGCUGAAGAGAUUAAUGUUAAUAGUUAUGAACGUUUCAGUACUUGUCCAUAUCCAUCUGUUGCAGAAGAGAUUAAGCGUCUUGGGAGCUCCAGUAAGAAAAGAAAGGCUGAGAGUCGUAUUCGUGAAAAAUCUGACUUUCACAAACUGCUUAGAAGAGACCCCUCUGAAUUACGUAGAGGGCAUGCGAAACAAGAGAUACCGAAAUUGGCAGAUGAUUCUGAUGCUAAGCAGCUUUUCAGUCUCAGUGAGGCUGAUUUCACACAAUCUGAAGGAGCUCUGAGAUUGUUCGUCUCAACUUGGAAGGACACAUGUAAAGAGUUAAGCAUGUCAAUGUUUGUCGAGAAAGUAUUGUCUACUUACAACUUGGGUGGAUCCGAAGUACAAGCUCACGUUAAAACGGCUAAAGUGAUGUCAUCAUUUCCAUUUAAUGGAUUACUACAUGUCGCUAAGGAGCUUGUAACAGAGGCUCUUGAGGAACAGAUACCGACUGAGAUCACAGAUACAAACAUAGUUGCUGGAUAUGAUGACUGCGUAGGGACAACAAGUUCAAGAGCUAAUAAGCCGAACCAAUCAUGUCCUAUCUCCAUGAAGAGUGGCUCAACUUCAGGAAAUCUCGUUCAUGAAUGGAACAAUUCCGUCUCAAGAGAUCGUCACACCGGCACACCUUGGGCUGCACAAGCGCAACAGACUGGUAGGAAAGGUGAAGAAAUUGCUUACAAAUACUUUGUUGCAAAAUACGGGAAGAAGGCUCUGGUUAGAUGGGUUAACGAGCAGAGCGAAACCGGGUUACCUUACGAUCUAGUUAUCGAAAACAGAGGCGGUAAGAAAGAUUACGUAGAGGUGAAAGCAACUGUAUCAACAGGGAAAGACUAUUUCAACUUGACGAUGAAUGAGUGGCAAUUUGCAAAUGAGAAAGGAGAGAGUUACGUUAUUGCUCAUGUUUUGUUAGGCAACAGUAAUGCCAUCCUUACACAACAUAGGAAUCUUGUCAAGUUAUGCCAAGAAGGUCAUCUAAGGUUAUUGAUUCUCAUGCCCAACCAGCGAAACGAGGUCAACGUCUCAUGUUAAACCCAUUUCAGUUUUUUUUUGUUCAAGUAUUUUACAGUGAUAUUAUGUAUUGAUUUUGUUAUUAAACUCGUUUUAAAUCUUAGUUAUCCAAAAUUUGGAUGGGGAUUUGAAAAUGACCUUUUCCAAACAUAAAAAA